AUGUCUUCCAAAAUUGAUGAGCUUCUGCAUCGUAUGACUCAAUUGGAAAUAGCUCAUAUGCCAUCGCGAGCACCGUCACUGGCCACAGGUACGACGGUCACAAACCCUAAUUACCGUAUGAAGCUUGAAGUUCCGCGUUUUGAUGGCUCUGAUCCAGAGGGAUGGAUAUUCAAGAUUACGCAGUUCUUCGAAUAUCAUUCAACGCCAGAUCAUGAACGGCUAACCAUAGCUUCUUUUUACAUGGAAGGAUCAACGUUAGCUUGGUUCCAAUGGAUGCAUCGGAGUGGUCAACUGUCAUUGUGGUCCGCUUUUUUGCAUGCCAUUCAUGCACGAUUCUCAUCUUCCACAUAUGAAGAUCCAACAGGAUUACUUUGUAAGUUGACGCAGCAAUCCACGGUCUCGGCGUACCUUUCGGAAUUUGAAGCUCUGGCAAACCGCAUCAUCGGGCUGUCAGCACCAUUUGUGCUAAGCUGCUUUGUAGCAAGACUGAACCCAGCGAUUCAGCGAGAGGGAGCUCCAAAUCCGUCUUAUGGCCCUCCUUCCCGAGUCACACCGCUAGUAGUCUCCAAACCAGUUGAGUCUCUCUUGCUUCCUUCACCAGCGAAACCCCCGCCAACCACCAUUCCUUUCAAACAUCUCUCCCCAACUGAAUUAGCGAUUAGGAGGGAAAAUGGAUUAUGUUUUAAUUGUGAUGAAAAGUACACAAGGGGGCAUAAGUGCACCCCGUCCUUGUUCCUGUUUGUCACAGAAGACGAUGAGUACCUACAGGACUCGGAGUCCACCCCAGAGUCGCCACCAUCAUCGCAUCCAGCCUCGCAGGAAAUAUCUCUUGCUCAGAUCAGUCUUCAUGCACUUUUAGGUCAAGGAGCCCCUGAAACCUUACGAGUUACAGGCGUCAUCGGAAACCACCGUCCACAAACAACUUUAACCCUUCGUGUUACAGUAGGGAAUGGUGAGGAGCUACAAUGCAACCAGGUUUGCCACGAGGUUUCGGUACACAUUCAAGCACACACCUUCUUGGUUGACUUCCAUGUUCUUCCAAUUUGUGGGGCUGAUGUGGUACUAGGAGUGCAGUGGCUCAAGUCGUUAGGACCUAUCCUCACGGAUUACACAACUCUAACUAUGAAAUUCAUUUCUAAUGAUAAGUUGAUUGAACUCAAGGGGGAUUGUGAUAUGAGUAUUGAUCAAAUUUCUCCGUCACAGUUACGACGCCUUGUAAACACAGGUAGCACUAGUACCUUCUUCCAUAUUCAGCUUGACCCACACACACCUGAACCCUUACCUUUGACACACUCAAUACUAGUAAUCCACACCUUACUCACCAAAUACUCUUCCCUCUUUCAUCCAUUAUCAAACCUUACUCCAUCACGAGCCACAAACCACUCCAUCAACCUUAUCCCUAAUGCAACACCAGUAAAUGUAAGACCCUACCGAUACCCAUACUUUCAAAAACAAGAGAUUGAAAGACAAGUGGCCUCGAUGCUUCGUAGUGGUCACAUACAACACAGCUCCAGUCCCUUUUCAUCACCGGUUUUAUUAGUGAAGAAACGUGAUGGGACGUGGAGAUUUUGCAUAGACUACAGGGCAUUGAAUGCUAUCAUGGUGCAUGACUGUUUUCCUAUGCCUACGGUGGAUGAGUCAUUAGAUGAAUUGGGAGGCGGAACUUGGUUUUCCAAGCUCGAUCUAAUGCAAGGAUAUCAUCAGAUCUUUAUGAAAGAAUUCGAUAUAAGAAAAACACUCUUCCACACUCACCACGACCACUAUGAGUUUCGAGUAAUGCCUUUUGGACUUUGCAACGAACCUUCUUCGUUUCAAGCAACGAUGAACCGCUUGUUCCAACCGCAUCUACACAGAUACAUCAUCGUCUUCUUCGAUGACAUCUUGAUUUACAGUCGCUCCUUCAACGAUCACUUGGAACACUUGGAGAUUGCAUUCCAAGUCUUAAAGGAAGGAGAGUUCACACUCAAAUUUUCUAAAUGCUCCUUUGCCCAGAAACAAAUUGAAUACCUAGGUCAUGUUGUCUCCGGCGAAGGGGUUCAACCAUUAUUGGACAAGGUGCGAACCAUCCAACAGUGGCCACAACCACGCAUGACACGAGCCCUCCGUGGGUUCCUCGGCCUUGCUGGCUUUUAUCGAAGAUUUAUAAGGAGCUACGCUACUUUGGCAGCACCACUUUCAAGCCUGCUAACCAAGGAAGAGUUCCAUUGGACCCUUGAAGCUGACGUUGCCUUCAACAAAUUGAAGCAUGCUAUGACACAUUCUCCAUUCUUAGCACUUCCUGACUUCACAAAACCUUUCAUGGUCGAGACAGAAGCCUUGGGUUCGGGUAUGGGUGCGGUGUUGUCCCAAGGAAGACAUCUGAUAGCUUUUUUUAGCAAACAGUUUUGUCCCAGGUUACUCACCUCUUCCACUUAUGUUCGUGAUCUCGUUGCGAUCACCACUGCUGUUAGAAAAUGGAGACAGUAUCUUUUAGGGCACCACUUUAUAAUCCUGACUAAUCAUAGAAGCUUGAAAGAAUUGACGAGCCAGGCCAUUCAAACAUCGGAGGAACACCAUAUUUGGCACGAUUGUUAG